AUAAAUGUAGAGGGCGGAGUAUGGUAAGAAGAGAGCAUAUCGAAUUCAUAGUCAUUUGGCCGGUCGUCCCAACCUACCAUCGUCCAUGGCACUUCACUCUCACAUUGAGAGAGUGCUCUGGACCCAUGACCAAAUUUCGGCUCGAGUCUCUGACCUUGCCUCCCAAAUCUCCAUCGCCUUCGACGGAGCCUCUUCCCCCCCAGUCUUUGUCGGCGUCGCCACCGGAGCCUUCAUUUUCCUCGCCGACUUGGUCCGCCGCAUCAACAUUCCAAUCGCUGUUGACUUCGUUCGUGUCGAAUCUUACGGUUUCGGUACUCAGUCUAAUGGUGCUCCUACAAUCUCAUCGGACUUGAAGGUCGAUGUUAAGAACAAGCAUGUAAUUCUGGUCGAGGAUAUUGUAGAUACUGGGAAUACUUUAUCAUGUCUCAUUGCUCACAUGGAGGUAAAAGGAGCAUCAUCUGUAUCAGUAUGCACUUUUCUUGAUAAACCAACAAGACGACAAGUUAAUUUUCCGUUAGUAGGCGAAGGAAAGUUCUACUCCGGAUUCCAAUGUCCAGAUUAUUUUGUGGUCGGGUAUGGAAUGGACUUUGCGGAGCUGUACAGAAAUUUACCAUAUGUUGGCAUUUUGAAACCUGAAUGUUACAAGUGAUUAAAUAUAGCAUCUCAGUACGGGAGGCAUUAUAUUUACUAUUUAGGUUUAUAUUUACUAUUUAGGUUUGAAUACUACUUCCAUCCUCUACUUUUGGUUUGGUCAUAUACUUUCAAAAGGUUCAUUUUGCUCUUAUUACUGUUAACUUUGAUUCAUUUUAGUCCUUGUAGUUUCAAAAAGUGACCGUUUCAGUCCUUUUAUUUUCA